AGUAAUACAACACCACCAAGUGCUUCCGACCUUAUCCACACGUAGAUUGGAGUCGACGCCAAUGGAGCAUGGCAACCCUCCCCAUGUGGUCGUCUUGGGCAGCCCAGGGAUGGGUCAUUUCAUUCCCAUAGUGGUGUUUGCCGGCGGCCUCUCCCGCGACCUUGCCCUCUCCGUCACCCUCAUCGCCCACACCGGCGACCCUCCCUCCGCCGCUGAGCAAUCACUUCUCCGCAGCCUCCCCGAUGCUGUCGACCUCGUGUUGUUCCCUCAACUCCCCGCCGAGGACUUCACCGCCGGUACCAAGAUCGAAGACCGCGUGUUCCGCACCGUGAUGUCGAGCCUCCCCCGCCUCCGGUCCCUCCUCGGGAACCUUGCGCCGUUCGCCGCGCUGGUCGUCGAUCCCUUUUGCCUCGACGCCAUCCCGGUCGCCGCCGAGCUCGGCGUCGCUUCCUACGUCUUCUUCACCUCCUCCUGCAUGUCUCUUUCCCUCGCCUUCCACCUACACCAGCUCGACGCUUCCUUCCAGGGCGAGUUCCGCGACCUGCCGGAGCCGGUCCGGCUGCCCGGGUGCGUCUCGGUGCACGGGAAGGACCUCAUGGAGCCGAUUCAGGACCGGGGAAACCCCGUCUACGCCACCUUCCUUCGCAUCGCCGAACGCUUCCUCGAGGCCGAGGGGGUUCUGGUGAACAGCUUCGAGGCGUUGGAGCCCGGCGCCAUAAAAGCUCUCAGAGAAGGCAGCUCUCACCCUCCGGUCUACCCGGUGGGACCGCUGAUCCGCGCUGGUUCCAGCGAUUCCGGAGAGGGCCACGAGUGCCUGCGGUGGCUAGACGAGCAACCCGUGGGUUCGGUGGUGUACGUCUCGUUUGGAAGCGGCGGAGCGCUUACCCGGGCGCAGCUGUACGAGCUGGCCAUGGGCUUGGAGGCGAGCCGGCAGCGGUUCUUAUGGGUGGCGAAUCGCCCCCAUGAGCACGAUGCCAGCGCAACGUUCUUCGGCGCCGAAAGCGACGACGAUGAUCCCGGGAGCUUCUUACCUGAGGGCUUCCUGGAGAGGACCAAAGCCCUGGGUCUCGUGGUCCCUCGUUGGGCUCCUCAGGUCGCCGUCCUCGGCCACGCAGCUACCGGAGGCUUCGUGACCCACUGCGGGUGGAACUCGACGCUGGAGGGCCUCGUGCACGGCGUGCCGCUGAUCGCAUGGCCGCUCUACGCCGAGCAGAAGAUGAACGCAGUGUUGCUGGCGGAGGACGCCAAGGUGGCGCUGCGGGUGGAAGCGGACGAGGACGGGCUGGCGCGCAGGGAGGAGAUCGCGAGAGCGAUUGGGUGUCUGAUGGAAGGGGAGGAAGGGAAAAGGCUGCAGCGGAGGGCACGGGAGCUGCGCGACGCGGCCGCCCGCGCAAUGGAGGAAGGAGGGAGUUCGUGCAUGGCCAUGUUGGACGUGGCAGAAAAAUGGAAGCGUCAAAGAAACACGCAAUAAAAUAUGGGGAUAUCAAGAGAAUAAAAUGUAUUAUCAUUAUAAAUGUUGUCCAACAGCUCUCUAUAUCUCAUAUUUCACAAAGAGCUUAUCCUAUUUAUCAUAUAUUUAUCGUAA